AUGACCCGUAGCCAGUCGGGAGAUCUACUACCACUAGACCAUGAGCUUGAACGAACCUGCAGAAACUUCAAGCGGGCUCUAAAGGCGCGACUGGCUGCGGAGGAGGCGCUAGCACAGCUACAAAUCACUGAAGAAGAGGAGAUGGCUGAUCCACAGGGCCAUGCUGUGGUUGAUCCCGAGGAGCAGACCAUGGGACAUUACUGGACCGCCAAGGCUGCAGACAUGAGGUCACCCAUUCAACACCCUCAUGUCCCAGCCAAUAAUUUUGAGGUGAGCACCUCAGUAAUCACCAUGCUGCGCGGUUCGGUGAUGUUCCGUGGCAAAGAGGGGGAGUGCCCCCGAUCACAUCUCAGGCGAUUCCAUGAGCUCAUUGAUGGAAUCAAGAUCAAUGGGGUCCCAGCAGAUGCCAUCCGGCUGAGAUACUUCCCAUUCACCCUGGAGGGGCAAGCCAAGGAGUGGCUAGAUACUCGACCUCCGGGCUCUAUCACCACGUUCGCCAACCUGGCGGACAAGUUCCUCACCCGCUACCAUCCUCCAUUCAAGACAGCUGACCUGCAGAAGCAAAUUACCCAUUUUGCUCAGGAUGAGGAUGAGACCAUCAGGGAUGCUUGGGAGAGAUACACCAGUCUUUUCGUCAGGUGUCCCAAUCAUGGUUUCAAUGAUGCGUUCAAGGUGGGCACCUUCUAUCACGCCCUCUUCCCGGAGGACAAGCAGCUGAUUGAUUCGGUUUGUGGCGGGAACAUGCUGAACAAAACACCGCCACAGCUGAAUCAACUCUUUGAGGAGAUGGCGGAGAACGGGUACGAUUGGGGCACUGCCAGGAGAUCGAGACGAGCACCAGGACGGGGUGUGCAUGCUGUGGGCACCCAGUCAUCUGAUUUGGUACAGGUGGUAUCGAAGCUGGUCUCAGCUAUCGAUCGUUCUGGUUUGAUUGCAGUUACAGGACAGCCGCAGGCGAUGCACUUCCAGUGA